AUGGCCGAUGAGGGAAGCCGGGAUGAGGUCCUCCAUACUCUCAGACAGGUUGCCGAGACUCAGUCGCGGCUGGUAGCAGCUGUGGAGGCCCUGAAUGAGCGUGUUGGUCUUCCAUCCCUAAGCAAUGGGUCAUCGACUCCUUUGCGUUCUACGCCUGGAAAUACAGAAAUUUCCAAUGAUGCGGUCGCGCCCAUGACAUCCAAUGAGGGAGUGGCCCGUCCAGCCCCGACCGCAGUUUCUCCAGCAUCACGUCCUGCGUUGACUUCACGGAUUGUUCUUACGUUGGUGACAUAUCCGAAGCAGAUUGGUAUCAAGCCCCUACCCAUGAACUGGGGCAGCUUCGAUCCAAUGAAAAGGGGGCCAGUAGUUGUAUCUCGGUUGCCAUCAACGAUCAGGCAGCGCAAUGGUAUUGGCGGUUCCUAUUCGAUAUACUAUGCAUUGGCGGUGGCUAGCAAAGAGCUCGACACAGAUCACAAGCCCGAUUUCACCAAUACAGAGCCUUCUACCUCUAUUGGGCCCUUUCCACAAUGGGGUGACCCCAAGAAGAUUGUAGCCAUGGAUCCGUACGGGCAUCUUGCCCCUUGGAUCUUCAAGCAUGUGAUUGACAAUGACGGCGUGGACAUUCGUCCCACCAUUGCUAUCACAAAAGCACAUAUGAGGCUUCCCGAGUUGGAGGACAGUGUGCGUAAAGGCCGACUUGUUCCCGACGGCAAGGUUUGUCUCAAUAAUCUGGGAGAAUUGGCCGUCACAAAGUUCGCUGUCGAGCCAGUGUGGUAUUUGCCAGGUGUCGCAGAGCGAUUUGGCAUCGACGAGGGCACCCUCCGCAGAUCACUCUUCGAGCACACUGGCGGGAGCUACCCUGAACUCAUCACACGAGGCGACAUCAAGUUGUUUCUGCCUCCUAUUGGUGGUCUGACGGUGUACUGCUUUGGCGAUCCGGCAAAGAUGUCCGAUGAGUCUGUGAGGCUGUCACUCAGGAUCCACGACGAAUGCAACGGAAGCGAUGUCUUUGGCUCUGACAUUUGCACGUGCCGCCCUUAUCUUAUCUUUGGCAUCGAAGAAGCUGUCAAGGAGGCGCAGAAUGGCGGCAGUGGUGUGGUCAUCUACUUUCGCAAGGAAGGCCGCGCCUUGGGCGAAGUGACCAAAUAUCUUGUGUACAAUGCCCGCAAACGCGGCGCCGACCGUGCUUCGGACUACUUCAAACGGACCGAGAACAUUGCUGGCGUCAAGGACAUGCGGUUCCAAGCCCUUAUGCCGGACAUUCUUCACUGGCUCGGCAUCAAGAAGAUCGACCGCAUGCUGAGCAUGAGCAACAUGAAGCACGAUGCGAUUGUGGGACAGGGAAUCCCGAUCCACGAGAGAGUGGAGUUGCCCGACGAGUUGAUACCAGCCGACUCCCGCGUCGAAAUCGAUGCGAAGAUUACCGCAGGCUACUUCACUGCGGGUAAGAGACUCACGGAAGAGGAGUUGCAGGCAGUUCAGGGACGCAUGUGGGAAGAGUAA